AUGAUAGACGGAGGACUUCAGAAUCAAAGCCAUAUUGUUAUCAUUGUGGAGACCCAAGACACUUUGCGGAUAAGUGCACACUCAACGGCAGUACUGUGUGAAGUUAUUGGAAUUGCACGUCACAACCUUAUUGUUUAUUUGUCUGUUACCACUGCUGCUGAUAAGACUUUAACUGCAAAUACGACAUGUAAGCAUUGUCCUAUAGUUGUGUUGAGUAGGAAGUUUAAUGUGAAUCUCAUUUGUCUACCUCUUAAGAACCUCGAUGUUAUCCUUGGUAUGGAUUGGUUGUCAUACCAUUAUAUUUUAUUAGAUUGUGGUCGUAAGACUGUAAUUUUCCUCGACCCAGAGCUUUCUAAAUUCUUAGCCGUGCACGAAAUCAAGGUUUCCCUUAAGGAAAGAUAUAUGAAGAUUUUGUCCCUAGCUAGUAUGGGAGUUACUCAUGAUGCCAAGAUAGAGGAUGUACUAGUGGUUAGAUGUUUCUCCGAUGUGUUUCCGACUGAUGUACCAGAACUACCGCUAGUGCGAGAGAAUGAGUUUUCUAUUGACUUACACCCAGGUACUGGACCCAUCUCAAUUGCACCCUAUUGGAUGUCGCCUUCCGAACUAACUGAGCUUAAAGAACAAUUGGAAGAAUUAAUGUCAAAACAAUUUAUUCGACCUAGUGUUUCACUGUGGGGAGCUCAUGUCUUGUUAGUAAAGAAAAACGACGGACGUUCAGGACUUUGUGUAGAUUACAGGCAACUCAACAAGGCCAAUAUCAAGAACUGA